AUGGGCCUGCCGUACAGCUUAUUAGCCAAUGUGGAUUUUGAAUCAUGCAAAACAGUGUCGGAGAGGCUGACCUAUCAAUCCUGCGUGGAGCACUGUGGAAAUGGAAUCGAUAUAUGGCCUGCUGACCAGAUUGCUGAACGAUUUACCCUUUGGCUUGUCCCGGCGGUGGUACUAGUUGCUCACUUCCAUUACGCAUCCAUUUCAUGGGCGAAUACCUUGAUCAUUGUGUCACAUCAUUUUUCGAGUCCGAUUGACAGCAUGCGCAGUAUGCUUGCCCGACUCAGCAUCCAAAGAAGGUACCUCCAUCUUGCGGAGCUAGUGCACCAAGUACAUGGAGGCGUGCGCAGCGGAUACGAAAGCAACCACGGCUACCUUCACCAUUUGAGGACGGCUUCCCGGCACGAGGUUCACGCAGACAGUCAGCAUCUCGCAGUCAUAUGGUGUGCGUAUGAUGAAUUUGGACUGAGGGAUGUAUCAAAAACACUUGACGAUGUUGAAGAGAGCCCCUUAAACUGGCCAUGUGAUGACGAGGAGUGGCUAUAUAUCAAGGAAGCCGCUUAUCAGCUAACGAACAACCGUACGGAAUCACAACUGCCAACCUGGAUAGCUGUAAUUGGUUAUCUGGGAGCUAUAUCUGCUGCUUUUAUCCGGACGAAGAGGACGCGACAAAACAAUCAAACAUCUCAUACGAUCGCUGUAGUAGCACUGCUAUCAUACUUCGUCCCACUUGUUCUGGUGAGCAGCACCAUCGGCGUAUUCCGCUCAGUGCCUGAUGCUGUGAAUGUCUUGCAACAACUCCAUCGGAAUAUCAGCCGUCACAGAAGAGAAAAAAGCCGCCCCACAAAGCCGGAGCUCUUUCCUCAACUGCAGCUUCCGACUUUCGGGGGAGACAACGCUGCUACAUCAGAUUAUGUUAAGAUUCCUAAUUCCUCUAUGCCAGGACCCGAAUCUUGGGACCACGACCUUGAGAGACUUAGAGGAUGGCUCAGGAUUGCACCUUGGACAGGAAUGAACAGUUCAUGGCGACCUGGCGCGGCAGUCACCGUCAAUAGAGCUCAAAGGAACCACAGACCACGGCAGUUGCUCGCCCCGAUCAUAUUUGUCCUUCUAGGGUCGUACAUCCCAGCCGUCGUGCUGUCUUACUUCAGCGGGUCACUUGGAUUUGGCUGUCGCUGCAUGGCAUGGACAAUGGUUCUGGGUGUCUGGCUCACAAGCUUCGGCAUCGAUUAUGCAGCAAAGUAUCAAAUCCGAUCUCCCCGGACGCAGUGGAUCUGUACGAUUUAUAAAGACGCGAUAUGCACAUGCUUCCUCAUAGGAGCCAUCUUGGCCAUUCAGGUUGGCAUCCUGAACAGCUGCUACUGUCGUGCCAACGUCUUAAUGGAUCCUGAAAAUGCGACGGUCAACCUAGGGGGACUCAAAGAUGCCGAGUGGAAUUUAAACUGGGUCGUUUGGCCUUCCGUUACCGUCUCUGGUUUCUCUCUCAUGAUAGUCUUUGGUUACUUGAUCCACAUCAUUGAAUUGGUUCAGGGUAGCUGGUGGCGGAUCAAGUUCGUCGGCGGCGUCUUGUGUAGAGGUGAGGAUGAAAGGUAUGAGGACCUGCAAGAGCUCGUCUGGUUGAGCCACAGGCUAGGCACUGCCGGUCUGCAACAUCAACUGCUGCGGCACCGCACUUGA